UUAUCUCUUCGCAGUGUACAAAACAGUGGUCACACUUUUACCUUUAUAUAUAUGCUUCAUUUUUUCCCUAAUUCAUACCAUAUUAUCCUUCCAAUUCUCAAACAAAUCAUAAGGGUUUUGCAGUAAUGAUUAUGAUGAAGAGGGUGCUUCUUCUCUUUGCUGCCUUGUUGUUGCUCCUCAUGGCAGACGCUGUUAUUGUCGAGAAGAAGGGUGCACGUAAGCUAGCUCAAGGCUUCAGUGAGCGAAGAACCCCCAAAGCAGGAGUGUUCAACGAUGCAAAUGAGUCUGACCUUGAGAACACUGAUGUUGCUCCUGACGACGUUGUAGCUAACAACAACGUUAACGAUGACAAUGAAGAUGACGAUGCCAAUCUUGGUUAUAAAAAUUACGGAAAGGGCUCUGAUACUGAAACUCACCGAUACUUCUCAAGUGAUAAGCCAUAUAGACCCUAGAAAGUCUUUCUAAGAUCAUCAUCACCAUUGUCUUCGUCUUCGUCCAAGGUAGUCAAUUGUAAAGACAUGAAGUGUUUUUCUGUGUUGCAAUAAACUGUGAAAUGUGCAUGGGAUGUGCCUGCUUUAUAAGAGCUAAGCCCUAUAGUUAAAAAGAGAUGGUUGGCUUUAUAUUAAGCAUGGCAAGCUUUUGGCAUUUCAUAGAGUUUGAUGUUCGAUGUGUGUUGUGAAAAAUAGAAUAUAUUUUGAAUAAUGUGGAUGAAAUCAAAAUAUAUUAUGUGUAUCAUAAAUUAUAUGCUAUGGCGUUAUGAUUUUGGGUCUUGUAACUAUUUUAUGAAAGGAAAAAUGACUAAUAUAAAGUUGGUGAUGAUCUUAAUCUUAUUAUUAGUAAUA